AUGGGGCCGUUUGGCAGUGCAAGGCCAGGGCCUCCGCUCUCUUCAGUUGGACAAUUGCUGAGCGGCCCUCCUGAGUUUCGCUCCGAGUUCCUUUCUGCUUCGACCUUGGCCUGCUCUCCUUCUGCCCCAGGGAAUUCUCGCGAUAGAAGAGGAAGGGGCGGGACUUCCGGCACCAGAGACAGGAAGAGAAACUGCAGAGUGGGAUUCGGUGCAGGCUGCGUCCUCCUGGCUGCAGCUGAAGUAGGUACAGUGCUCCCGCAGCCGCGAGAUGAAGGAAAAGCUCAAAAUGGAGGCACGGGCAAGACGCAGAAUCCAGGAUUAGGCCCAGGCCCGCCUAAUCGGCACCUCGGGUGUUCAGCGUGGGAGUGGGGGUCUCACCCGCCUCCUUGGGUGAGGAGCUCGGAUGUGAACAGAUCUCGCAGCACUCAGGCAAACGUGAUCAUGCCAGCAAAGGGGCCCUGCUGCAGGUGCCAGCCAUUGUGUCCCCAGCACACGCGUGUGAACACAGUGUGCACGGUGAGAAGAGCCAGCAAAGCACCACCCUGGUACCCUCGCAGUCCUGCACCCUCAGCAGCAGGUGGUCCUGCCGCAGUCACCCCCAGAAGUCUGCACACAAGACUCGGUGAUUGGAAAGAACACUCAGAAGCUGGAUCCCCUAAGAACACACAGAUACCCACAAGCACUGCGGAGUGUGUUAUCAGAACAGUUCGGAGCAGUUGUGUUCUUAUGUUACUUCAAAAUAUUUGGCAAGAUUAAGAUCAUCAUUAUUUCUGCCAUUAGCUUUUUGAUGAUGUGAUAAUCAUUAUUCAUUGAGAGCCCCCAAUCAGGUAGAUACAGAGGAAAAGUGCUUGCUGCUCCUCACACGUUUAGUGGGGACUCCGACAGUGUGACCCCGGGGACGGCACGGGCGCCCACACCAGUCCCUUCUGCUUCCCAGAGUUAACUCGGACCGACCCA